AUGACUGCAUAUUUGAGCGACAUCUGUGAACAUGAUGCUGGAAGUCCUCUGAAGCAUUCUGACAUAAUUUCUUUCCAAUUAGGUGAAAAUGAAAUCCUUGAAACUCUACACAACAUUGCAAGUAAGAACAAGAUAUGGCGGUCCUAUAUAGGCAUGGGUUACUACAACUGCUCAGUGCCUCAGCCCAUCGCACGCAACUUGUUGGAGAAUGCAGGAUGGGUUACCCAGUAUACUCCUUACCAGCCCGAGGUGUCCCAGGGCAGGCUGGAGAGCCUCCUAAAUUACCAGACUAUGGUGUGUGAUAUCACAGGAAUGGAUGUGGCCAACGCGUCUUUGCUGGAUGAAGGGACAGCUGCUGCAGAAGCCAUGCAAUUAUGUCACAGACACAACAAAAGGAGGAAGUUCUAUGUAGAUGCUCGAUGCCACCCUCAAACUAUAGCAGUGGUCCAAACUAGAGCAAAUUAUAUAGGUGUUAUAACUGAGCUCAAAUUACCCCAUGAGAUGGAUUUCAGUGGAAAGGAUGUCAGUGGAGUGUUAUUUCAGUAUCCAGACACUGAAGGGAAGAUCGAAGACUUCUCUGAACUUGUUGAAACAGCUCAUCAGAAUGGGACUCUUGCCUGCUGUGCUACUGACCUUCUGGCCCUCUGUAUUCUGAAGCCUCCUGGAGAGUUUGGGGUGGAUGUUGUCCUGGGUAACUCCCAGAGGUUUGGCGUUCCGCUGUGCUAUGGGGGACCCCACGCAGCAUUCUUUGCUGUCAAGGAAAAUCUAGUGAGAAUGAUGCCGGGCAGAAUGGUGGGUGUCACAAGAGAUGCCAGUGGGAAGGAAGUGUACCGGCUUGCUUUGCAAACACGAGAGCAGCAUAUCAGGAGGGACAAAGCUACCAGCAACAUCUGCACUGCGCAGGCUCUUCUGGCUAAUAUGUCAGCCAUGUUUGGCAUAUACCAUGGCUCUGAUGGACUAAGGCAUAUUGCAAGACGAGUGCACAAUGCUGCUCUAAUCUUGGCUGAAGGUCUCAGGCGAGCUGGUCAUAAACUACAUCAUGAUCUGUUCUUUGAUACCUUGACGAUCACGUGUGGAUGCUCAGUCAAAGAGGUUUUGGACAGGGCAGCUCUUAGAAAGAUUAAUUUUCGGAUUUAUAGUGAUGGCAGACUUGGAGUAUCACUUGAUGAAACUGUAAAUGAGAAGGAUCUAGAUGACAUAUUAUGGAUUUUUGGUUGUGAAUCUUCUUCUGAGCUAAUUGCUGAGGGUAUGGGUGAAGAAGCCAAAGGCAUCCUUAGCACCCCAUUUAAGAGAACUUCCAAUUUCUUGACACACCAGGUUUUCAACAGCUAUCACUCUGAGACAAAUAUCGUGCGGUACAUGAAAAGAUUAGAAAACAAAGAUAUUUCCCUUGUUCACAGCAUGAUUCCCUUGGGGUCCUGCACAAUGAAGCUCAAUAGUUCUGCUGAACUCACACCUAUUACAUGGAGGGAAUUUGCCAACAUCCACCCUUUUGUUCCUCUGGAUCAAGCUCAAGGGUAUCAGCAGCUUUUCAAGGAUUUAGAGAAGGACCUAUGUGAGAUUACAGGCUAUGACAAAAUCUCCUUCCAGCCUAAUAGUGGAGCCCAAGGAGAAUACACAGGCUUGGCUGCGAUCAAAGCUUACUUAAAUGCCAAAGGAGAGCGUCACAGAACCGUUUGCCUUAUUCCUAAAUCUGCUCAUGGUACUAAUCCAGCAAGUGCACAAAUGGCAGGGAUGAAGAUUCAGCCAAUUGAAGUGGAUAAAAAUGGGAGUAUUGAUAUUUCUCAUUUAAAAGCAAUGGUGGACAAGCACAAGGAGAACUUGGCAGCCAUCAUGAUCACAUACCCUUCCACCAAUGGUGUGUUUGAAGAGGAGAUUGGAGAUGUGUGUGACCUCAUUCACAAACAUGGAGGCCAAGUGUACUUAGAUGGAGCAAAUAUGAAUGCUCAGGUUGGUCUGUGUCGUCCUGGAGAUUAUGGAUCUGAUGUCUCUCACUUAAAUCUUCACAAAACCUUUUGCAUUCCCCAUGGAGGAGGAGGACCUGGCAUGGGACCUAUUGGAGUGAAGAAACAUUUGGCUCCCUACUUGCCUACCCACCCUGUGAUCAAAAUACAGACGGAUAAGGAUGCAUGUCCCUUGGGCACUGUCAGUGCUGCACCUUGGGGUUCCAGUGCUAUAUUGCCAAUUUCCUGGGUGUAUAUCAAGACAAUGGGAGCAAAGGGUCUGAAGCAUGCUUCUGAGAUUGCUAUACUAAAUGCAAAUUACAUGGCAAAGAGGCUAGAGAAGCACUACAAAAUCCUUUUCAGAGGAGCAAGAGGUUACGUAGCCCAUGAGUUCAUUUUGGAUACAAGACCUUUCAAGAAAACAGCAAACAUUGAAGCUGUAGAUCUUGCUAAAAGGCUUCAGGAUUAUGGUUUUCAUGCUCCAACCAUGUCCUGGCCAGUGGCAGGGACACUUAUGAUUGAACCUACAGAGUCUGAAGACAAAGCAGAGCUGGACAGAUUUUGUGAUGCAAUGAUCAGCAUUCGGCAGGAAAUUGCUGAAAUAGAGGAGGGCAGGAUGGACCCCCAAAUUAACCCACUAAAGAUGUCACCACAUACUCUGAACUGUGUCACUUCUUCCAAGUGGGAUCGUCCCUACUCCAGAGAAGUGGCAGCAUUCCCACUGCCAUUUGUGAAGCCUGACAGCAAGUUUUGGCCCACAAUUGCUCGCAUUGAUGACAUAUAUGGGGAUCAACAUCUGGUUUGUACUUGCCCACCAAUGGAAUCCUAUGAAUCUCCAUUUUCUGAACAGAAGAGGGCAUCUUCCUAAGACUACUUCCAGCUGCCUGCAUUUUUGACUCCAUCAGAAUGGCCCUUUCCUGAUUUUCUGGGGAUAUUUAUAUUGUGUAUAUUUUGAAUGAUCACCAUGUUUGUUCAUUGAACCACGGCUCAGUUAGAAUGUAAAUACAAUCAGUACGUCAGGUGUAAACAAAAUGUGAUUGUUACACAGCAGUUGAUGUUGGAAGUUGCCUUGAUUCAUCAUUUUGUCUGUUCUGUGUUAAAGUUUUAACAAUUAACACCCAAUUUGCAAAGUGGCAUAGAAGAUACAGUAAAAAAAGUAGAAAAUAUGCCGAUAUGUAAGGCAAUACUAAUAAAUAUUAACUGCAGGAGUAAUUGUUCAUAUUUUGUAAAAAAAUGAUGAAGUAGAUUUUAAAAUUUACUUCACCUAUUACCACUAACUAGCAUUGCUAGUAUUUCAUACUGAUUUUUUACCUAUCAGUAUUAGUACUCUAAUAAAAUUGUGAGAAUUUUAAAUGCUGUCAUAUUUUGGAUUUAAACUUUUCAGCUGGAUUUGUCCAACAGAGCAGUAUGAAAUUAUGGAGCUUAAGUUCUGACUUGUGACAAUUGCCACAAUUGCCAAUGUGACAAUUGCCAGCAAUAAACUCAACACAAAGGAAAACACUGUCAGAGAUUAAUAUUUAAAUAAAUCUCUGAUUUUUUUAGUAAGCCAGAAUGAUACAUUUUACCAAGCAGUAACAAACCUAAUCUUGUUUUAUAUCACAUCAUAUUUUUUUCUUAGUAGUUCCCUCUAAUCCUCCCUUAUUCUGGAGAAGGCAUAAAAGACCACUGUAAACUGCUCAGUAUUACUUAAAUCUGGGAUAAAAAAUGUUCUCUUUCCAGUUUCUCAAGUCUCUCUCUGGCACUUUUUUAUAUAGAACACACAUUUUGCUCUACUUUAUCUACAGCUUGUGUAAAAACUGAUUCACAGCUUAAGCUGUGGCCCUCCAAGAACACCAACAGCACCGAGACCACAGCCCUCCUGUAACACAAAAUGUCACAUUAAAGCACGCAGUAGCCAGAGCUCAGACCUUAAACAGGAGCCUUUUCCAUCAUGUUCCAAAUCAAAUUUACAUAAAACCAAUCCUCCCACUAGUUACACAGUCAGACCUCUGUGCUACAAGCACAAUUAAGAGGAACCUCCCCAGUCCAUGCAAAGUUGUCUGUUUGAUGUACAUGAGCGCCCCUGAAGAGACAAAAUCGUGCAGUCACAUGAAGCACAGUUUUGGUGAAUUAGGAAACAGGCACUUGACAAACACCAAGACCACAGAAAAGGAUCACAGUUUUGCACCUUACAACCACCCACCACUCAGCCUCUUCUUGAAGACCUACAUGAACACUCAGCCUAGGAAAUCUUAAGUGACACAAAUGAGGCUGGUGUUCACAGCAAUAUUUUAAAUACUAUAAAUUUUGUGUCUUUUACAGUUAAAAGUUUUGGGACUGCAACUUUUUCAUUACCUACCUUAUGACUUCAGUGGGGGGCUUUACAGAAAGAGACUGCAGAUGAUAGCAGACGGGAAUGGCUUUUAUUAAAGGAAAGUCAGGCCAGAUACCAGCUUUUCUGUGAAAAGCUGUACCUACAUCCUAAAUCACCUUAAUAUGUAGUGAAAAAAAUCAGAUUUUUUUUACUCUAGAAUUCAGUACGAAAAGGGUGUCUUUCAGUAGCUAUUGAUAUAGUACUAAGGAUGUAAAAAAUUAUGAAAAGCCACUGCAGACUUAUAAUGUGAGGAAAGGACAGUCUUUCUCUGCUGCCACUCUAAUUCCCCAGUUUUAACACGCUACUUUAAUGUUUGUCAAAAGCAGUUUAAUAAACUUGACUGUGUCACUGAAAAAA